UCGUUAGUUUUUCAAGAUUGCGUUCUAGCUCGAUUGCUGAUUCUAUUUCGUCGUCUCAAGUUGUUCACGGACGAGCAUUUCGUUACAUCCGAGUGUCAAAUUCCCUUACAAACCUUUCGUUGAUUCGCGUUGCUCACAUAGAGCCUAAUCGCAAUCUCCAAGAAUAGCUGUCGUUUCCAGUCUCUCUCUCAGUUAUCGAGUGUUAUACGCUUUCUCAUCGUCAUGACAUCACAUUUCGUUACGGCUCAUCGUCCGGCCUCAUCAUGGCGAGUUGUGCAACAACGAAGACAGCUGCUGUUAAAUCCUUUGCUGUGUUCGUCACCUUUUCUGUGCUUCAGAGAUGUUCAUCUUCAUCUCCUGGAUCCGUUUGGGAAGGCAACAGUCACAUCGCUCGGCAGUUUGGCUUUCCAUUCCCAUUUCCACUCCCGAAAUUUAAUUUCUCAGACGUCUCCGAAGAGUGCCAAGCUAUCGUCCAGAAACUUUCAUCGUUCAGUUCGCCGCUAUUCUAUAGUUAUUUGGAUGCUAUUGGUAAACCUCAAAGUGGACUUUUUCUGGGUAACACUGGUUGGUUAGGAUCUUACAGUGAGUGUACUGAAAGUAUUCCUGAUGCCCACUAUUGUUUGGCCUAUGUGGCUUUUCCACAGCCUCCCCUAACUAUUACUGAGUCUAUUCCUGUGCGCUGGGGUAUUUGUGCUCCAAAACAAUGCAGUGAAAAGGAUGUUACAGCAGGACUGCAAGAUAUGUUUACAGGAAUCAAUAAGUAUAUGAAUAGGACAGAGGUAGAAUUAAGGCCUCAGAAAGGAUAUGGACUGCCACCAAGCGGCAAAGCUGUUUACUGUCAGAAGAAAUCAGAAUACACAACUGGAGUAAUACUCACUCUGAUCUUGUGUGGUCUAAUCCUGUUUCUCUGCCUUGUUGGAACACUUUGCGACAUUUUUAUAAGCUUUUCGAAGAAACCCUCCGCACCUGUCAACAAAAGCAAUGGCUUCAUGCCAAUCAGAGAUGACUCCCUGGUAACACUUGAAGGUGAUGUUCCUGAUUCAUUCACAGGAAGUGGCACGCAUAGCAGUGACACCACGCAAUUUUUGAACCCAUCCCCUGAAGUGGCAAUUAGUGCAUCUUCCAGGCUUUCAAGUUUUCCCCAGAGGAAAGAUGAGCCAAAUGUAGUGGUGCAGUUUUUUCUGUGUUUCUCAUUAAUUAAAAACACAAGCCGUAUUAUGGACACCAAAGUCCCUGCCAGUGCCAUCACGUCGAUCAAUGGAAUGAGAGUGAUGAGUAUGUGGUGGGUGAUCCUGGGACAUGUCUAUGGGUUUCAAACUGUAUCAACUAUGAGUAACCUCCUCCUCCUGCUCCAAAUCAUACAACGAUUUACGUUUGAAGCUAUUGGCAAUGCUACCUUUUCGGUGGACAGUUUCUUCUUCCUGAGUGGUCUCCUGGUUUCGUAUUUGUCUUUGCGUCACAUGGAGAAGAAAAAUGGACAGCUGCCACUUUUUAAGUACUACUUCCAUCGUUUUUGGAGAUUAACUCCAGCUUACAUGUUCGUUUUGUUGUUUUACGACAAACUGAAUGGAUUUCUUGGUGACGGCCCUCUUUGGUAUCAAGCACAGGAAAAGAACCCGUGUGACAAGUAUUGGUGGACCAACUUACUCUACAUUAACAACUUCUAUCCAACUAGCAUGAAUGCAUCAUGCUUUGGUUGGGCCUGGUACUUAGCGAAUGACAUGCAGUUUCACAUCAUUGCUCCCGCUAUACUCUUCGUAGCGUACAGGUUUCGUCUUCGAGGAUUGAUUGUGAUUGUUGGGUGCUUACUGAGCAUCAGUUUCGUCACCACAGCUGUUAUAUAUGCACAUUACAACAUUGCUGCCGUUAUGCUUAGUAAAGCAGCUCAGGAAGAAACCCUGAAACAUGUGGAUUCCAUGUCUCUGACUUACGAAAAGCCUUAUUGUCGUAUUUCACCGUAUCUUGUUGGCAUGGUAACUGGCUACUUACUUCUUCACGCAAAGGAUUGGAGACUUCCUAGAAAGGUACGUAAUUGGCAAUCUUGUCACAUACAUGUUGAUGGGCAAUUCACUAGAAGAACAGUCAGAGUUGUGUUUCCGUUGCUAGUUGAGGUCAGUUUGCUGGCCUGUUUCAGUCAGCUAGUCAGUCGAUCAGCUAGUCGUAAGUCAGUUAGUCAGUUAGUCAGUCAGUCAGUCAGUCAGUCUGCAUUCUUUUAUGUCGGUGUACUUGGCAUUUCGUAUGCAGUGGCCUUUAUUGUGUCAGUGUGUGUGGAAUAUCCCAUGAUGCAGUUGGAGAAGUUUAUAUUCAAAGGCGACAACUGA